ACAGCAGGGCAUAGCAGCCCACACCAGGCCCUGCUCACCAUGGGGACCCUCAGCAGCGACCCAGCGGCCAGGUCGGCCACAAUACCCCUGGCCCGGCGGGUGGCUGAGGGCCACAUUCCAGAGACCGGGCUAAGGAAGUCCUGUGGAAUGGUCACCCUGGAGAAUGGCUCCGGACCUGGCUUGUAUGUUCUUCCGUCCACCAUUGGCUAUGUCAACCACGACUGCACCAAGACAGCCAGUCCCGCCUACUCACUCGCUCAGCGGCCCAGUGAAGCACCUCUUCAGGAUUCCAGCCCAGGACCUGUGUAUUUCUUGGACCCCAGAGUUACUCGCUUUGGCCGUAGCUGUCCCCCUGCCUACUCCAUGCAGGGCCGGGGCAAGAUUCGAGGUCUGGAGGUGACACCAGGCCCUGGGGCCUACAGCCCCGAGAAGGCUCCCCCGAUUCGCCAGCGGAACCCCCCAGCCUUCACUCUGGGCUCCCGCCUCCGACAGAAGCCCCCGGACGCCUCUUUACCGGCCCCCAAUGCCUACAGCAUGCCGCCCCUCUGGGGAUCACAGAUCUUUAUCAAACCUAGCAGCCCCAGCUUCACAGUUGUGGGCCGCAGGCCCCCAGCACGCCCCGCUCAGGAUCCCUCAGAGAUUCCAGGCCCUGGGCAGUAUGAGAGUCCUGACCCCAACACCUACCGGCAGCGUAGGCCGGCUUUCAGCAUACUGGGGAGACCCCGCGCCCCUCGGCCCCUGGAGGAGACACCUGGUCCUGGUACUCACAACCCAGAACAGGUCACUGUGAACCGGGCCCGGGCCCCGGCAUACUCCAUGGGAAUCCGUCACUCAAAGCGGGUAUUUACAGUGGUAGGGGACACCAAAUGCUGAUGGCUGCUGGGUACAGUUUCCCUGGGCCUAAUUUCUUCAGAAUGGGGCAGAGGAGGCACCGCCCUUCCGACAGUCUGAGGUCCUUAGAGGCCACUUGAUCUUUCUGUCCCUGGGACCAGUGACCCAAGGCCCCAUCCGGGGUCAGGGUGAGUCUUCUUCCAGGGCCCCAGUUUCUUCUCCUAGGUCAAGCCAGGCCAGGGAGUAUCCCUUCCCUUGGCAGGACAAGGAGCUGUGUGUCCUAGAAUUCAGCAUCUAGGCCACUUGGGUUUCUGCAGAUGAGGCAGGAGAAUUCUCCUGGAGGUGACCCUGAUACCUCUGCCCUACCUAUCCCACCCUCUAGAGUUGCUUGCCAAUAAAUUGUUCCUCC